AUGUCGGAUGUUAAAGAAAUUAUAGCUAAGGCCGAAAAGAAGGCUAAACCAUCAUCAGGAUUUUUCAGUUUCCUUAGCGGUUCAGACUCUUACCGUUACGAAGAAGCAGCAGAUCUUUAUAUCGAGGCUGCAAACCUCUAUAGGCUAAGAAAGGAGUUGGAUCAAGCGGGUGAUACUUUCUUGAGGGCAGCAGAGUGUCAAAUACAGGCUUCUAAUGAAGAUGAAGCAGGAAAUACGUAUAUCGAAGCCUACAAGUGUUUCAAGACAGGAUCUUCUCCAGCACAAGCUGCUGAGUCCUUAGCCAAGUCGAUAGAUAUUUUCACAAGAAGAGGUCAGUUUAGAAGAGGUGCCAACUUCAAAUUCGAAUUGGCUGAAUUACAAGAACAGCAAUUACAGGAUUACCCAAGUGCCAUUGCCAAUUAUGAAACAGCUGGUGAUUGGUAUUUGCAAGACCAAGCUAUUGCUCUCUCGAAUAAAUCCUACAUUAAAUGCGCCGAUUUGAAAGCUUUGAACGGUGAUUAUUUGGAAGCUACCGAGAUCUUAAAGAAAGUCGUUGAAAAUUCAUUGGGGAAUAAAUUAAGCCAGUGGUCGCUCAAAGAGUACUUAUUGAAGAUUGGCCUAUGUUACCUUGCUGCUGGUGAUGUUGUAGCUGCAGAUAAAAGUUUGAACGAAUCACAAUCGUUGGAUCCAUCAUUCUCUCAAUCAAGGGAGUUUGAGUUACUAUCAAACGUAAUUGAAGCUGUAAGGGAAGGUGAUACUGAAAAAUUAUCGCAAAAGAUCUACGAAUAUGAUAGGUUCAAUAAGUUAGACCAUUGGAAAACAACUAUACUCUUGAAGGUGAAAAAUACAAUCGUCGAGGCGGAUGACGAUCUACUAUAA